GUCAUACAGCCGGUCUCGCCGGGGCUGAGGCUCCUCGAGGGCCACGCCCCCCAGCCUUUCUGGGGGCUCGCGCGCGACGAGGGGGUGGAGCCGUCGUCGUGACCUUUCACCCCAGCAUGGCUGCGCCCGUGGGACCUGUGAAGUUCUGGCGACCUGGUACAGAGGGACCAGGUGUCAGCAUCUCUGAGGAGAGACAGAGUCUAGCUGAAAACUCUGCAACAACCGUUGUUUACAACCCUUACGCUGCCCUUUCUAUAGAGCAGCAGAGGCAGAAGCUGCCAGUGUUCAAGCUUAGGAAUCAUAUAUUAUACCUGAUAGAAAACUAUCAGACAGUGGUGAUUGUUGGAGAAACAGGAUGUGGGAAAAGCACGCAAAUUCCACAAUACCUUGCAGAAGCUGGCUGGACAGCAGAAGGGAGAGUGGUGGGAGUGACCCAGCCUCGAAGAGUGGCUGCUGUUACAGUUGCAGGGAGAGUAGCUGAGGAAAGGGGUGCAGUGCUGGGCCACGAGGUGGGCUACUGCAUCCGCUUUGACGACUGCACUGAUCCGUUGGCUACGAGAAUUAAGUUUCUGACUGAUGGAAUGUUGGUCAGGGAAAUGAUGGUUGAUCCAUUGUUAACAAAAUAUAGUGCCAUCAUGUUGGAUGAAGCCCACGAGAGGACCUUGUAUACAGACAUUGCCAUUGGCUUGCUGAAAAAGAUUCAGAGAAAACGGGGGGAUCUUCGAUUGAUUGUGGCUUCAGCCACUCUGGAUGCAGAGAAAUUUCGGGAUUUCUUUAAUCAAAAUGAAACCAGUGACUCAACCAGGGAUACCUGUGUGAUCCUUACAGUGGAAGGGCGGACAUUUCCAGUGGAUAUCUUUUAUCUGCAAAGUCCUGUUCCAGAUUAUAUCAAAUCAACUGUGGAAACUGUGAUGAAAAUUCACCAGACAGAAGGAGAUGGAGACAUAUUAGCAUUUCUUACUGGCCAGGAAGAGGUAGAAAGUGUCGUGUCUAUGCUGAUUGAGCAGGCUCGAGCACUAGGUCGAACCGGGAUGAAGAGACACCUCCGGGUUCUCCCCAUGUAUGCAGGACUGCCUUCCUUUGAACAAAUGAAAGUGUUUGAAAGGGUGUCACGCAGUGUCAGAAAGGUGAUAGUGGCCACCAAUGUGGCAGAAACCUCCAUUACAAUCAGCGGGAUUGUGUAUGUGAUUGACUGUGGCUUUGUGAAACUCCGAGCCUACAAUCCCAGGACAGCUAUUGAGUGCUUGGUGGUGGUCCCAGUGUCCCAGGCGUCAGCCAACCAGCGAGCAGGACGUGGUGGCCGCAGCCGCUCUGGAAAAUGUUAUCGUCUUUAUACAGAGGAAGCCUUUGACCAGCUGCCUCAAUCCACAGUUCCCGAGAUGCAGCGCAGCAAUUUGGCACCUGUUAUCCUACAGCUGAAAGCGCUAGGCAUUGACAACGUCCUCAGGUUCCACUUCAUGUCGCCUCCUCCAGCACAGUCGAUGGUUCAGGCCUUGGAGUUACUCUAUGCUCUGGGAGGUUUGGACAAAGACUGUCGCCUAACUGAACCACUUGGCAUGAGAAUAGCAGAGUUUCCUUUGAAUCCCAUGUUUGCAAAAAUGCUACUUGAAUCAGGAAAUUUUGGCUGUUCUCUGGAAAUCCUAAGCAUUGCUGCCAUGAUGCAGAUCCAGAAUAUCUUUGUGGUCCCCUCAAACCAGAAGUUUCAGGCAAUUCGAAUGCACCGAAAAUUUGCUGUGGAGGAGGGUGAUCAUCUUACUAUGCUCAACGUGUAUGAAUCAUUUAUCAAACACAACAAGAACUCUCACUGGUGUCAGGAACAUUUCCUGAAUUACAAGGGUCUUGUCAGAGCUGCGACAGUCAGAGAACAAUUGAAAAAGCUUCUUGUCAAGUUUCAAGUGCCCAAGAAAUCCAGCGAAGGUGAUCCAGAUCCGGUUCUGAGGUGCAUUGUUUCAGGAUUCUUUGCCAAUGCAGCAAGGUUUCAUUCCACUGGAGCCUAUAGGACUAUCCGUGAUGAUCAUGAAUUACAUAUCCACCCUGCAUCGGUCCUCUAUGCAGAGAAGCCGCCUCGCUGGGUUAUCUACAAUGAAGUUAUACAAACCUCGAAGUACUAUAUGAGAGAUGUGACCGCUAUUGAAUCUGCUUGGCUGUUGGAGCUGGCUCCACACUUUUAUCAACAAGGAACGCACCUGUCCCUAAAAGCAAAAAGGGCCAAGGUCCAGGACCAGUGAGCCAAGCUCACCUGCAGCAGCAGGGACUGCUUGGUGCCCUUUCCUCCAUGCUGCUGCUCCCCCAGCCCAAGGCGGUGAGCCGGCGUCGGCUCAUAUGGAACCUUCAGCUGCUCCGAAGUGGGCUGCAGCCCACGCGCCAGCCCCAUCCUUCUGCUCCCCUCAGCAUUUGCCUUCCCUGCUGGGAUCCCGGAGGAAUCUGUGCGUGGGCAGGUGUCCCGCUGUGCUGCACCCCCACAGAGCAGGAGUUGGCAGAGCCGUGCUCCUUGCUCACUCGGCACUCUCACACACCCCGAAUGCUGCCUCCAGCCGGCACAGCUCUGGCCCCGCUUUGUGGGUAACGUAGAGGGAAGUUAGGCAGGCAGCUGCAGCGCCCUGUGGGUGGAUGGGGUUUGCUGGGCUGGCUUUGCUCUUCCUGGAGGGGCCACGGCUCCAACAACCAAGGAGGUCCACUGCCAGGUGUGAACAAGCCUUUGUCUCUGAAGGGAUGAGGCCCUGGCAACACUGCACAUUUCUGCCAGAACCAUCACGGGGCACGGCUGGUGGCACAGGGGCUCCAAACCAAGCAGCUUCUGUUUUCCUCUGCCCUGGCCCCUGUUUAUCUGCAGCCAGACUUACAAGGAUCGGGAUCCACAGAGAGGACUCGUGUGCCCUGUUCUUUGUUGGCCAAGGACUUCUCUGUUUCCCAAGUGGGCUCAGCUUUCUCUCUGCGUACGAUACCAUGUCCUCUUGCCACUGGCCGAGCACUAGUGAAAGCUCAUCAGCUCAGACCCCGUGGGGAUCCUCUGCAGCAGGAAGUCACAGCAGUUUAGAGGCUCUAAGCUUCUGUUGCUCAGGACCAUAACUUAUGUAUUCGUUUUUGGUCUGUUUGCUUGGGUCUCAGGAAACCAUACAGGGGCGGCCCUCCCAGCAGGCACGGGUCUCAUUGUUGCCCCAGUGCUGGGAUGAUGUUCACUCCAACACAUGACCGACAGAUUUUUUUUCCCCUUACUGUUUCAAUGACAUUUAUUUAAAAAACACGUAGCUUGAAAAUUAUUUUUGUACUAAUGUUAGUUUGAUGUGCCACUUUUGGCACCAAACAUGUAUGUCAUUUUUAUUUCCAUUUUAUAAACAUGUAAAUAAUAGUGAUAUUGUUAAAAAUAGUAAACCUUUAUACCUCAAGUAAAUGUAUUCCCUCCCA